AUGGCUGAUCAGUACCAGUACAACACCAACGAGGAGAAGAUUGUGAAGGACAGCCACACCAAGGAGAUUGAUCUAAUCAACAGAGAUCCAAAGCAGAUUAAUGAGGACGUGGUGAAGGUGGACUUUGAGGAUGUCAUUGCAGAGCCAGACAGUACACACAGUCUGGAUGGGGUGUGGAAGCUCAGCUACACCACCUUCACCGUGUCCAAGUACUGGUGCUAUCGCAUCCUGUCUGCUAUCUUCGGCAUCCCUGUCGCUCUGCUCUGGGGCUUCCUAUUUGCAUGCAUCUCCUUCUGCCACAUCUGGGCUGUGGUUCCCCUCAUCAAGAGUUGUCUGAUUGAAUCGCAGUGCAUCAGCCGCAUCUACUCCCUCUGCAUCCAGACCUUCUGUGAUCCCUUCUUCGAAUCCCUGGGCAAGAUGUGCAGCAGUGUGCGUGUUGCACUGCGCAAAGAAGUCUAA